AUGGAAACUACACAAUCUUCUCCUACUUCCUCUUCUUCUUCCCAAUCGUUUUCUCUUCCUUUUUCUUUUAUUCAGCCUCAUUCUGUUUUCAAUAUUAGCAAUAUUAAAAAUCAUAUCUAUGAUCAUAUUGACGAAACUUCUCAAUGCCCAUCUCCAACUAUCUCCAUUGAUAAUGAUGAUUCCUCCUCUACACAAAUAAAUCCUGCUUAUACUCUAUGGAUUCAGAUUGAUCAUCUUAUUGUCUUUUGGCUUCAUGCUACUAUUUCUCCAGAGAUCUUGAAACAUGUUUUUCAGCCUGGCAAACAAUUUUCUGCUCGUCGAACUUGGCUUGAAAUUCAGAAAUUAUUACACGAUCAUGUUAAUGCCAAAUAUAUGCAAUUAAGGUUGGCUUUCAAUCAAGCUUCUAAAGGGACUCAAUCAAUGGCAGAAUUUCUUCAAUUCAUAAAAUCCACAGUUGAUUCUUUGCACUCUAUUGGAAGGCUAGUUGAUGAUGAUGAUGUGAUAUUGCAAAUUUUAUCUGGAUUGUCGCCCGAAUAUUCCGAUGUUGUGCCUAUAAUGAUAGCGAGGAAACCAUUGCCCAGUUUUCUUGAGUUACGGAAAACUAUCAGAGAGGAGGACGCCAGUCUUAUUCUCGGGGGUAUACUUCGAACCAUCAACAACCACGAUCCUUUGGCUAUAAUCAACGUGGUUCUUAUUAUGGGCAUUAUCAAUCUCGUCCUCAAGACUUUAUUCACCAAUAUUCUUCAUUGUUAUCACAUCUGUGAUCAUAUUGACGAAACUUCUAAAUGCCCUUCUACAACUAUCUCCAUUGAUAAUGAUGAUUCCUCCUCUACACAAAUAAAUCCUGCUUAUACUCUAUGGAUUCAGAUUGAUCAUCUUAUUGUCUCUUGGCUUCAUGCUACUAUUUCUCCAGAGAUCUUGAAACAUGUUUUUCAGCCUGGCAAACAAUUUUCUGCUCAUCGGACUUGGCUUGAAAUUCAGAAAUUAUUACAUGAUCAUGUUAAUGCCAAAUAUAUGCAAUUAAGGUUGGCUUUCAAUCAAGCUUCUAAAGGGACUCAAUCAAUGGCAGAAUUUCUUCAGUUCAUAAAAUCCACAGUUGAUUCUUUGCACUCUAUUGGAAGGCUAGUUGAUGAUGAUGACGUGAUAUUGCAAAUUUUAUCUGGAUUGCUGCCCGAAUAUUCUGAUGCCUGUAAUGACAGCGAGGAAACCAUUGCCCAGUUUUCUUGA